AUGCGUGAAGUCAUCAGCUUGAACGUCGGCCAGGCCGGUUGCCAGAUCGCCAACAGCUGCUGGGAGCUGUACUGCCUCGAGCACGGCAUCCAGCCUGACGGCUACCUCACCGAGGAGCGCAAGGCCGCCGACGACGACCAUGGCUUCUCCACCUUCUUCUCGGAAACUGGCAACGGCAAGUACGUGCCACGCACCAUCUACUGCGAUCUCGAGCCCAACGUCGUCGAUGAGGUCCGCACCGGUGCCUACCGCAGCCUCUUCCACCCAGAACAGAUGAUUACUGGCAAGGAGGAUGCCUCGAACAACUACGCCCGUGGCCACUACACCGUCGGCAAAGAGCUCAUUGACCAGGUCCUUGACAAGGUCCGACAUGUCGCAGACAACUGCUCGGGUCUGCAAGGUUUCCUCGUCUUCCACAGCUUCGGUGGUGGUACCGGAUCUGGUUUCGGUGCUCUUUUGAUGGAGCGCCUCUCUGUGGACUACGGCAAGAAGUGCAAGCUCGAGUUCUGUGUGUACCCAGCACCACAGGUCGCCACCUCUGUCGUCGAGCCAUACAACUCGAUCUUGACUACCCACACCACCCUCGAGCACUCCGACUGCUCGUUCAUGGUCGACAACGAGGCCAUCUACGACAUCUGCCGCCGCAACCUCGGCAUUGAGCGACCAAACUACGAGAACCUCAACCGCCUGAUUGCUCAGGUCGUCUCUUCCAUCACCGCCUCGCUCCGCUUCGACGGCUCGCUGAACGUCGAUCUCAACGAGUUCCAGACCAACUUGGUGCCAUACCCACGCAUCCACUUCCCACUGGUUGCCUAUGCACCAAUUGUCUCCGCAGCCAAGGCCGCGCACGAGGCCAACAGCGUCCAGGAGAUCAGCAUGUCCUGCUUCGAGCCCAACAGCCAGAUGGUCAAGUGUGACCCACGCAACGGCAAGUACAUGGCCACUUGCUUGCUCUACCGCGGAGACGUCGUUCCAAAGGACGUCCACCAGGCAGUUGCCACCCUCAAGACCAAGCGCACCAUCCAGUUCGUCGACUGGUGCCCAACUGGCUUCAAGAUUGGUAUCUGCUACCAGCCACCGCAGAUGGUGCCGAAUGGCGACCUCGCCAAGGUCAACCGCGCCGUCUGCAUGCUGUCCAACACCACCGCCAUUGCGGAGGCGUGGUCCGCUCUCUCGCACAAGUUCGACCUCAUGUACAGCAAGCGUGCCUUCGUCCACUGGUACGUUGGUGAGGGUAUGGAGGAGGGUGAGUUCUCCGAGGCUCGUGAGGACUUGGCUGCGCUCGAGCGCGACUACGAGGAGGUUGCUGCAGACUCUGCCGAGGGUGAGGAGGGCGCUGAGGCCGAGUACUAG